AUUUUAUUUUAUUUAUUUAUUUUUUUUAAGAGCGAGAGAGAAAGCGGAAUUUUAAUUUUAUUUUGUCCUCCUUGAAACUUUGAUGUGGGUUUGAUCGUUGAGGGAGCUUUGAAGAUUGUCUCGUACUGCAUCUACUUCUUCUUUUUCUGAGGGAAAAUAAAGCAGAAAGAGAAAGUGAUUUCGUUCAUUUCUUUUGUGUAAAAGGAUAAAAGGAAGUUUUUCCUUUCUACUGCUGGAUGUUUUUUGUUCGGAAUUUCUUUUUAGUUCUUUUAUAGAAUCGGGAAAUCCAGGAUUUCUGUUAGGGUUUUGGGUAUUUUUGUGUUGCGGACUACUUUCGAAAGUCCGGUAUUGGACUUCUGAACCGAAUCGAAAUGCCUGUUUGGAAUUCCGUUUCGUCGGAAUUCUAAAUCCGAUCUUCAAGUUUGUGGUUUCAAUUCAAGAGCUGAAUAAAUGGACGUCGAUUCCUCGAUGGUUCCGGAGCCCGAUCACGAUCCGGCGGUGCAGAAUCACACUACUGUUUCUUCUUCUUCUUCUUCUUCUUCUUCUGCUGCUGCUGCUACUGCUGGAGUCGAUAGAGAUCAGCUUAGGGAGCAGCCUCAAGCCGGCGGUGGAACUCCGCCGCAGUCUAUGUCGUCGUCUCAGCAGCAACAGACCGCCGUGCAGAUGCAGCAGACUACGGUUGUAGGGCCAAGACUCGCGCCUACGUACUCGGUAGUAAACGCGAUAAUUGAAAAGAAGGAAGAUGGACCAGGGCCGCGAUGCGGUCAUACCUUGACGGCUGUGGGGUCUGUUGGCGAGGAGGGGACUCCGGGAUACAUUGGGCCGAGAUUAAUAUUGUUUGGUGGUGCCACUGCUCUCGAGGGCAACUCUGCGGCUUCUGGGACUCCAUCAUCAGCUGGAAGUGCUGGAAUCCGGCUUGCAGGUGCCACUGCUGAUGUGCAUUGUUAUGACGUUUUAACUAAUAAAUGGUCCAGAAUUACUCCACUUGGAGAACCGCCUACGCCGAGGGCUGCACAUGUGGCAACUGCUGUUGGAACUAUGGUAGUCAUUCAGGGUGGAAUUGGACCAGCUGGUCUGUCUGCUGAGGAUCUUCAUGUUCUUGACCUGACACAGCAGCGCCCACGAUGGCAUAGAGUAGUUGUGCAAGGCCCUGGUCCAGGACCACGUUAUGGACAUGUAAUGGCUCUAGUGGGGCAGAGGUACCUCAUGGCGAUUGGUGGUAAUGAUGGCAAGCGGCCUUUGGCUGAUGUGUGGGCACUAGAUACUGCUGCCAAACCUUAUGAAUGGCGGAAGUUGGAGCCAGAAGGGGAGGGUCCACCUCCGUGCAUGUAUGCAACUGCUAGUGCGCGAUCUGAUGGUCUUCUUUUGCUAUGUGGAGGGAGAGAUGCUAAUAGUGUGCCGCUGGCAAGUGCAUAUGGACUUGCUAAACACAGAGAUGGUCGUUGGGAAUGGGCAAUUGCUCCUGGUGUCUCACCAUCUCCUAGAUAUCAGCAUGCUGCUGUAUUUGUUAAUGCACGACUCCAUGUAUCUGGAGGGGCCCUUGGUGGUGGGCGCAUGGUAGAAGAUUCAUCAAGCGUGGCAGUGUUGGAUACUGCAGCAGGUGUCUGGUGUGACAUAAAAUCUGUUGUUACCUCUCCCAGGACGGGGAGAUAUAGUGCUGAUGCAGCAGGUGGUGAUGCUUCUGUAGAAUUAACUAGGCGUUGUAGGCAUGCAGCUGCUGCCGUGGGUGACCUAAUUUUCAUUUAUGGUGGUUUACGCGGUGGUGUUUUGUUAGACGACCUUCUAGUUGCUGAGGAUAUGGCUGCUGCUGAAACAACAAGUGCAGCUUCUCAUGCAGCAGCAGCAGCUGCUGCAUCUGUUCAACCUGGACGAUUACCACCCAGGUAUGGAUUCACUGAUGAAAGAGCUAGACAAACGAUGCCAGAAGCUGCUCCUGAUGGUUCAGUGGUGCUGGGAAAUCCUGUUGCUCCCCCCGUGAAUGGUGACAUAUACACUGAUAUAAGCACAGAAAAUGCAAUGCUUCAAGGCCAACGGCGAAUGAGUAAAGGUGUCGAAUAUUUGGUUGAGGCAUCAGCAGCAGAAGCUGAGGCUAUCAGUGCUACAUUUGCUGCAGCUAAGGCAAGGCAAGUCAAUGGGGAAGUUGAGCUCCCUGAUAGGGAUCGAGGGGCUGAGGCUACUCCAAGUGGGAAACAGAUUUCUAGCUUGAUAAAGCCUGAUUCUACUGGAUCAAAUAGCAUUGCUCCUGCUGGAGUUAGGCUGCAUCAUAGAGCUGUGGUUGUUGCUGCUGAGACUGGUGGAGCUCUAGGUGGCAUGGUUAGGCAACUUUCAAUUGAUCAGUUUGAAAAUGAAGGUCGGAGGGUAAGCUACGGGACUCCUGAGAAUGCAACUGCAGCAAGGAAACUAUUAGAUCGUCAGAUGUCCAUCAACAGCGUGCCCAAGAAGGUGAUAGCACACCUUCUAAAGCCUCGCGGUUGGAAACCUCCUGUUCGCCGACAAUUUUUCUUGGACUGCAAUGAAAUAGCUGAUCUUUGUGAUAGUGCUGAGAAAAUAUUUUCAAAUGAACCUAGCGUUUUACAGCUUAAGGCUCCUAUAAAAAUAUUUGGUGAUCUACACGGUCAAUUUGGGGACCUUAUGCGCCUUUUUGAUGAGUAUGGUGCACCUUCAACUGCUGGGGAUAUUGCAUAUAUCGAUUAUCUCUUCUUAGGAGAUUAUGUUGACAGAGGUCAACACAGCCUUGAAACUAUUACCCUUCUACUUGCUUUAAAGGUCGAGUAUCAGCAGAAUGUACAUUUGAUACGUGGGAACCAUGAAGCUGCAGAUAUUAAUGCUCUUUUUGGCUUUCGGAUUGAGUGUAUUGAGCGGAUGGGAGAAAGGGAUGGAAUUUGGGCAUGGCAUCGGAUUAACCGGUUAUUUAACUGGCUUCCUCUAGCAGCUUUGAUUGAAAAGAAGAUAAUUUGUAUGCAUGGUGGUAUUGGUCGGUCAAUAAAUCAUGUAGAGCAGAUUGAGAAUAUUCAGCGUCCAAUUACAAUGGAAGCUGGUUCAAUUGUCCUCAUGGAUUUGCUGUGGUCUGAUCCUACAGAAAAUGAUAGUGUGGAAGGACUACGGCCUAAUGCUAGAGGUCCAGGUUUAGUCACUUUUGGGCCUGAUCGUGUCAUGGAAUUUUGCAACAAUAAUGAUCUCCAGCUGAUAGUUCGCGCCCAUGAAUGUGUCAUGGAUGGUUUUGAACGUUUUGCUCAAGGGCAUUUGAUUACACUUUUCUCGGCCACAAAUUACUGCGGCACUGCAAAUAAUGCUGGAGCUAUUUUAGUUCUUGGUCGAGAUCUUGUUGUUGUCCCAAAGCUAAUUCACCCUUUACCACCUGCAAUGACUUCCCCAGAGGCAUCACCAGAACGUCAUUUAGAAGAUACGUGGAUGCAGGAGCUGAAUGCCAACAGACCUCCAACGCCAACUAGAGGCCGCCCUCAAGUAACCAACGACCGAGGUUCCCUUGCAUGGAUAUAAGCACAUUGCUUGACACAUCGCUUAAAAACUUAUAUCGAGUCUUGCCUCAUGCUACUACCACUAUGGCAGUUCUGGUGUAAUGUAUAGAACACACGCCCCCGUCUCUGAGUACCAGAACUUGUGAUCGUUGUUCAAACGGAUAUACGAAGGCUGGAGUUCCAAUAUUCACACACCUCCAAUAAGCCAUCAAAUGGAUUGUAUAGGUUCAAGAAUCAGGUUGCUGGUGGCAGUGAUGUUUAAAAUGUUUGAUGCGCUGCAAGAUGUAGUGUCGACCCUUGUACCAUUCAAUAUCGGGUCACAAGCACAGGUGGUAGAUGGUCUUAGUUUUUCUCUCUCUUUUUUUUUGCUCCUAUAGGUAUUUACCAUUUUCCAAUGGUAAUUUUACAAAUUUUUGUUCUUUGGUGUCUAUUAUUUUUCUCCAUUUGUAGUGGACAGAUUUUUAACUUAAGGGUGUGAUUUGGUAGUGAAAGUAAUACGUCUAUGUGAUUGUCCUUUGUAUCAUAGAGGUUGUUGCUUUGUUUCUUUGUACGAUAUAAUUGUGUGGAGACGACGAAACUUGUCAACCUGUCAUGUCAAGAGUUACCAAGUUUUGAUUAGUGAAUGCCAUUAUAAUUUCUUUCCUUACUCU